AUGUCUCCAAACUCCAAGCUCACUUCCACCAUCGCCAUCGUUGGUGCCGGCGACGUAGGCGCCACAAUCGCCUACUCGCUCAUCAUGAACCCCGUCGCAGGCGAAAUCCUGCUCGUCGACCCUAAGGAAGAAGUUCGAGAUGCCCAAGUCCAGGACCUGUCCGACGCGACCUUCCAUGGCAACACCAGCACACGCGUGCGCGCAGGGACGCACAAGGAAGCCGGACAGUGCGACAUCAUCGUCAUGACAGCAGGCGCAAAGCAGAAGAAGGGCGAAAGCAGAACCGACCUAGUCGGCCGCAACAAAGCCAUCCUCUCCUCCGCCAUCGACGACAUGAAACCCUUCGCAUCCGACACUAUCCUGCUCCUCGUCGCGAACCCCGUCGACGUCCUCACCUACUUCGCCCAGCAAUUCAGCGACCUCCCCAAAAACCAGGUUAUCGGCUCAGGCACGUUCCUCGACAGCGCCAGGCUGCGGGGUAUAUUAGCCGCCAAGGCAGAAGUCGCUGCGAGCAGCAUCGAAGCGUUCGUAUGCGGCGAACACGGCGAGUCACAAUUCGUCGCAUGGAGCAAAGCGAGCAUCGGGGGUGUACCACUCGAACUUGCCCUGCCGUCAAACAUCAAACUAGAUAAAAAUGCGGUGGCCGAGGAGACGAAGAACAAGGCGAAUAACAUCAUUGAGAACAAGGGCGUGACGAAUUACGGUAUUGGUGGUGUGGCGGCGAGUAUUUGUAAGAGUAUCAUGUUUGAUGAAAAGAAUAUCCUCCCUGUUAGCCACUGGCAGGAGGAUCUGGGCGUGUGUCUUAGUAUUCCUGCGGUUGUGGGGCGGAAGGGCGUGGUUAGGACGGUGGAGAUGGGAUUUAGUGGUGAGGAGAAGGAGGCGCUGCAGAAGAGUGCGAAGACGCUGAAGGAGGUGCUUGAGGCGUAG